AUGGCAGAAGGUGGUGUAGCAGUGAUCCAGUAUGCAGUCUUCGUGCGUGGGGCAGAAGAUGUGCUGGUGGAGUUUUGGGAGGACUUCUGUCAGGUUGGCGCUGUUGAAGUCCCUCGCGGUGAUGAAGGCAACGUCCGGAUCUCCUGUGAGCUGCUGACCUUAUACAGUUCCCCCUGUGCCUGCUAUGUACUUUUUUUUCUCUUGGAAAAUUCAGUGUAUGAUUCCAUUGGAAAGGAAGGCAGCAAUAUUCUACAUGGAAAUGUUGAUCGAUUGGGAUCAUAUAGUGAAUGUACAUCAGCUCAAGCUUCUUCUGGGAAUUUUAGUGGCCAGUAUUGUAAAUUUACAAUUCAACAGGGCAAGAUUGAAUAUACUGUUGCUAUUUGUGUGCCCAGUUCUUGUAAGAAAGAUGAUAUAUUGAUGCUUGAAUGGCUUGGAAUUUUCACGUACAAGAACAAGUCUUUCAUAGCGCCUUCACAAAUUCUAUCGUUCAUUAGUGCCAAUGAUACGUACAGGGUGAAAAGUGUUCACUGCCAAAAUAAUACUCCUUACAUUGAUGUUUUUGUUGGCAUUUGUAUAUUUGUUGUUGCUCUUUUCAUUACCAUGAUGAUAGCUGGAUCCAUAUAUGUAACAAUAAAAGAAUGGAAGAGCAAAGGUAAAAUGAUGGAAGAUGAUUUAAGCCCACCUCACAAGAAUUAUAAGACAAUUUCAGUUAGCAAAAUAAAUGGCCAUCAGUUGCAAGAAAGUAGUGCAAAAUCCCAGCAUCAAUCAUCAGACCAUGGUGUAACGGAGGGAAAGAACAAUAAAGUAGGAUUCCUCGAAUGGAUGUUAACCAGCUUUGCCAUACAGAAGACUGUCCCCGCUGUGUUAUCCACACAAAUCACUGCAGGAAGCUAUUCCGCGAUACAUGGGAUUCGAGUCCUGAGUUUAUUGUGGAUAAUUUCAGGACAUGUCUGCCACUUUACCUUACUGAAUAACCUAGAUAAUCCAGUACAAUGGUUGUUGUCUGUCCCAAACAAUGUUCUUUACAUUUUUUCCCUUGGUGGACCUUUUUAUUUGGCAGUGGAUACCUUUUUCCUACUUAGUGGUUUACUGAGUGCAAGGACACUUUUAAACAUGCACCAUCAACCCGAUCAAGGACUGACCAAAACUGUAAAGGAUUAUGUGAUAAAUAGAUUACAAAGAAUUCUUCCACUCUACAUUUACACCAUGUGCUUAUUUAUUGGGAUGUGUUCACUUAUUCCAUGGAAGUCCUUGGGAGAAAAUCUAAAGUCCCACUUGGAGAAAUGCAGAAGGUCCUGGUGGACAAACCUGCUGUUUAUUAACAACUUCAUUUUGAUUGACCAGCAAUGCAUGGGUUGGACCUGGUACCUUGCAAAUGACUUCCAGUUUCAUAUCACAACUCCCAUCUUCAUAUUUCUGCUGUUCAGGAACAAAGUGCUAAUGUUUGCCCUGGCAGGAUUUCUCUUGAUGGCCUCUUUUAUCGUUACUGCUUUAAUCUCAUGGUUCUUCAAAUUGCCAAUAGGACUUCACAUAGAUGCCAGAUUGCUUUCACAUGGUGAAUACAACAUACAAUAUUAUACAAAACCUUAUUGUCGCUACGGCCCUUUCUUAAUUGGAAUUAUGUUGGGCAUUUUAUUGCAUCAAAAGAAAACAUCUCUGCUGACCAAGACUUCUGUUCUUACUGGAUGGCUUUGUUCUCUGAUGACAAUGGCAGCAGUAAUAGCGCUGGGGUAUACAUUGGAUGACACUGUCGAGUCCUAUUCUGCUCCCCCUGUGCUAUAUCAGGCUUUGCACAGAACUGCAUGGGCUGCUGCAGUUGGCUGGAUCAUACUUGUGUGUGAAGAAGGACAUGCAGGGUUUGUUAAUACUUUAUUGUCCAGCAAGUUAUGGAUCCCAGUGGCCAAUCUCAGCUAUGCCUGUUUUCUGAUACAUCCUGCUGUAAUAGAUAUGUAUUAUGGGCUGCAGGAGACACUCCUUCAUUACACAGACAUCAAUAUGUUUUACCUCUUCCUGGGUCACACAGUUUUGGCGCAUAUCAUAGGAUUGGCAUUAUGUAUACUCAUUGAAAAUCCUAUGCAGGCAUUAAGAAAGUACUUCUGAUGAUGUAAUUCAAGAGAAUUCAAGAAACACCCUGUGUACAGCCUUCCUUGAGGAUUCAACAGUUUGAUUUAUUCUUCAUGCAGAUUGAAAUGGUAAAUCUUUGUCAAAAGAAAGUUGCCUUUUCGUUCAAAAGAACACCCCAAUUAUAAUGGUAUUAGAAAUAGUUACAACUAUGUACUACUUAAUUGCUCCCAAAAAUGUGGCCCACAUAGAAUGGAUUUUAUAUCUCGAGAUGUAUUUGAAAUGUUUUAAUUGUUCUAGUUGUAACAUCCUACCACCGUUCUUCUUAGGAGUAUACCACUUAUUUAAACCUUUCAGAUAACUCAAUGCAAAACAACAUUUUGGAUUAACUUUCAAUUAUAUUGAUGAUUAUGGUAUUUCUCAUUAAAGUUUUCUACAUAUUAUCUGAUCCACUGUUUAAUUUUGUCAUUUAGAAAGAACAUGAAGUAAGGACACAAUUUUAGAUGUGUUAGCACUGACAAUCAAAUACCGAUUUCUGCCUUUGAGCAUUUGAAGCAAAUGCUAUCAUUCAAGAUCCUACGAAAUAUACUUUAUUGUAUAAGUGUAAAAUAUAGAGAUAUUCGUUUGAGUGAGAUCAUAGAAGAACAGUUGAAUAGUAGUAGCAUGUAAUAAAAGGUGUAGUGAUUCAUUUUACCAGUAAAAUAUAUGCCAGCAGUUCGCUGCACAGAAGUUUCUUUCGGCAAAGUCUCUGCACAAUGUCGUCCUUAACGUCCUUAAAGUGUAUUAUGUGAUCAUCAAGGAGUAAUAUUUCUAUACCUCCCUGGUGUUUAUUGAACACAUUAUAACAACAUUGUAGUCGACAUAAGAUUUGCUAUAAAAUAUUGACAAGUUGUUAAUGCACAGAGUAUAGCUGAGUUCGGUUCAUAUUUCCUUUGGAAAUGUUUCACAAAGCAAUGAAGACAAGAGAAAACAAAACUGUUGUGCGUGGAAGUUACAUUUUUUUGUUUUUUGAUUUGUUUAAUAGCAUGAAUGUUUCCAGAAUUAUAUGUGCCAAUGCGUCAUCCAUUAAGUAUCCAUUUACACCAAUCCCAUUUUUCUUCUCAUGUCGCCCAUCAACAAACCCCUCACCACCCCGGUUCUUCUGCCACCUACCUACAUAAGGGGAGUUUUAUAGCAUCCUACUAGCCUAUCAUCUUUGGCAUGUGGGAGAACAUCUGAGUACUCGGGUGGAAUACCCACAUGAUUGUACAGAGAAUGUGCAAAGACACCAAACAAAAUCAGAAUCCAUCCCCGUCCCUGGAGUUGUGAGGCACUAGUGCCACCAUGCCGAUCACACCCAUUGGCUAAAUUCUGUGGUGAAAACGAUGAAAGUGGAAGUCUGGAAUUAUAC